UCAGGCAUUACUGUAGCCACCAUACACCAAACCAGGGUCCUUUUUUUAAUAACAAUAUGGCUGCCUUAUGUAGAGGCAGGCACCGGUGGAAAAGGAUUAGUUGUUUUCAUCUUUUAACAAGAAACCUGACAGGGAAGUAUGAAUAUGACCUGGUGGUUAUUGGUGGUGGUUCAGGAGGGCUUGCCUGUUCCAAAGAAGCUGCACAGCUGGGACAGAAAGUUGCUGUUUUAGAUUAUGUGGAGCCAUCUGUUCAAGGUACCAGAUGGGGUCUUGGUGGUACAUGUGUUAAUGUGGGCUGUAUUCCUAAGAAGCUCAUGCAUCAGGCAGCUCUACUUGGCACUGCUGUCAAAGAUGCUACAAAGUACGGCUGGCAGAUCUCAGGGCCGGUCUACCAUGACUGGGCCACCAUGGCGGAGGCCGUUCAAAACCAUGUCAAGUCCCUGAACUGGGGUCACAGAGUUCAGCUCCAGGACAAGAACGUGAAGUAUCUGAACAUUAAGGGAAGUCUGGUGGAUGAACACACUGUGAAAGGACUCACAAAAGCAGGAAAAGAGAUGAUCCUGACUGCCAAGAACAUUGUGAUUGCCACAGGUGGACGGCCCAAGUACCCCACAAAUAUCCCUGGAGCCAUGGAGCACGGCCUCACCAGCGAUGACAUAUUUUGGCUGAAAAAGUCACCUGGAAAAACACUUGUGGUUGGAGCCAGCUAUGUGGCUCUGGAGUGUGCAGGUUUCCUCACAGGCGUCGGCUUGGACACCACAGUGAUGGUUCGCAGCAUCGCCCUCCGGGGGUUUGAUCAGCAAAUGGCAGGUUUGGUGACGGACUACAUGGAGGCUUAUGGGACCAAGUUUGCAUGGCAAUGUGUCCCUAAGAGAGUGGACAAACUCUCAUCAGGAGCCCUUCAGGUGACCUGGACCAACACCCAGACAGGAAGCGAGCACGACGACAGCUACGACUCUGUGCUGUGGGCAGUUGGUAGAGCCCCUGAAACCAAAGCCCUGGGCCUCGACAAGCUCGGUGUGCAACUCAACAAGGAGACGGGGAAAAUAGUUGUGGGCGCUGACGAAUCCACCUCCGUGCCAAACAUCUAUGCUUUUGGUGACAUUGGCGAGGGUCGUCCUGAAUUGACCCCAACAGCCAUUAAAGCAGGAAAGCUUCUGGCCCGCAGACUGGCUGGGGCGAGAACAGAGCUCCUGAACCAAUCUUCUGUGCCCACCACAGUGUUCACCCCUCUUGAGUAUGGCUGUGUAGGCCUAUCUGAGGAGGAGGCAGAGAGGAGACAUGGAGAAGACGGCAUAGAGGUUUACCACGCUUUCUACAAGCCUCUGGAAUUCACUGUUGCUGAGUGUGAUGCAGGCCAGUGUUACAUAAAGGUGGUAUGUGAGCGAGGUGGAAACCAGAAGAUCCUAGGUCUGCACUUCACAGGCCCAAAUGCAGGAGAAGUCACACAGGGCUUUGCUAUGGGCUUCCACUGUGGAGCGACAUAUUCCCACCUGUUGCAGACAGUAGGCAUCCACCCAACCUGUGCUGAGGAGGUGGUCAAGGUGAACAUUACGAAGCGCUCCGGUUUGGACGCCACAGUCACCGGCUGCUGAGGUUAAGCACCCUCGGCCUCUGAUACUGGUGAGAACACAGAGUCCUUCAGUGAUCAUAGAAAGCCAGGGCUUAUUCUGCUUUUUCUCCUUGUUGCUCUCACUCUCUGUAUGGCUGUAACAUGGCCCCCAGUUUCACAGUGCUCCUUGGGAUUUUUUUGCUGCUCCUUCUGAACAGGCCAGUCAUGCAGGUAAUCACUAAUUGACAUGUGAUAACCAGCACUACCAUUGUUCCAUAUACAUACAUAUAGUGUGUAUGGUCUGAAACCACAGGGCUAUAGUUGAGGUUGGUGAGGAGGGCCCCUGCUGUAGAGUGAGUGUCUUAAACAAACAGGUUGGUCAGUCAGGAUUAAGGCCUGCACUUUGAGUUUUGUUGAAACCGUACAAGAAACGUGCACCGAGCCCUUUUUCUGAAUAUAUAUAUUCUGCAAAUAUUGUUGUUUCUCUGGUUCUACUUCCUGUCCAUUAGUCUUGGAGGUGACACAUACCAUACACCCCUCCCCCCUCCGCCCCCAUGACACUGAUGGAUGGCCCCAGGGCCGCCGCCACAGCGACACCACCCCAUUUCCCAUGGACACAUACAAACAGUCGGUGGGCCGCCUGUCAGUCAGCCAGCAAAGACUUGGCCAGGGAGCCCCAGCUUGCUGAGGGCCCAGCAGGACUCAGCAGACCCCAGACCCUUUCCUCCUCUGUCCAUACCCUUCUCCACUUUAAAUAAUGAAGAAAUAGAGCUGGACUACACAAAUGUGCUUUCAGAAGCUGUAUGGAUGCCACAGCCCAGGCACAGGGCAAACCUCUUUCAUGGUUACAGCUGUACUACUCAGCCUCACCCAAAGGUGGCACUAUUGCCCUCCACUAUUCCUCUGUUUUCUGAGCCAAGAAUGGAAAACAGGAUAAAGUAGCUACUGGAUAAAACAGAUGCCUGAAUACAUUCAGGUUGCACAUUUAAUCCUUUUAAUCCCUAUAAAGGAUAUGUGCUUUUAGAUGAAGCUGAAAAGCAGACUGGCUUUAUUGUGCAAAACUGAUAAGGGUUAUCUGUUGCAUAUUUACAUGGAUGGCAGGUUAGACCUCAAGAGUCAUCAUCCUUGAAGAUAAGGCAAGUUGUUUAUAUCAAUAAAGCAGUAAUAGGCCCCACAGUUUGCCACAGUGCUCAAAUGUUCAACUUGCUGCCUUACUGGACAUCUUGGGUUUAUUAAACCGAGGAGGAGGAGGAGGAGGAAAGAGAACUGUCAAUAAAGAGGGUUGCCUAAAGAAAUUGAGGGACCUUUUAGGAGACUGCUGGGUGUAGUUUAUUUGUAUGUGAAGUCUAAUCUGCCUGGCCUGAUUAAUGAUUUCGAUGAGGGGAGUGACAGUAGAUGAAGAGAAGAAAAAGAAAAAGAGAGUGAGCUACCAGGUUUAUUUGUACCUGAGCAAGAGGAGAGAGAGCAGAGUCUCAGCCAUGGUGAGGGAGGGAAGGGGGAUUCCUGUGUGCUCUGUUCAGGGCCGAGGUGCU